AAAAUCCUCAAACAAUAAAUCAGAAGUUUAAAGACAUGAAGCAACAAUUUUGCAUGGUCGCCUUCUUCGUAUUCAGCUUCCUACUGUUUGUGAAUCUGAGUGAAGGAAAAUCAGGAGUUCCAGAGGAUUAUUGGGAGAAGAUGAUGAAGAAGGAACCCUUACCUGAACCAAUCACAGAUAUUCUCAACAAUCCAUUUAGGAAAGGACAAGAGAGGUUCGUCAAGAAUUUCAACACCAAAUCUAUCGUCAUCAUCUACCACAAUCCUAAUGCAUAAUUGAUUAAAUCUAUGUAUAGGGUUAUACAUGCACGUAUAUGUGUGUGUUGUUUAAUCAAAUAACAUAAUAAAAUAUGCUUGAGUUGU